CAUUCACUCCAGCGAGACGCCUAUGAGAAGGAAGAGCAUUCACUCUGUUUGGACAUAAACCUAAAGCUGGACCUCUUUCUGUUUUCUCUUCCUCCACUUUGAUGCUUUUCUAAGGAUCAAACCGUCAGAUGGAAAAGUUGUGACAGCUUUAGACAGAAAGGAGAAAGAGAGAUUUGCCCUGAAGGCUUUAAAAAAGACACAGGAGCCGGAUAAAAAAAAGGGCAGCGAUAAUCUGCACAGCUGCUGCAUGAAGGGAAGGAGAAACAGACAGAUAAAGAAAGCAAACAAGGUGAAAAAGUGCGAAGGACAAGGAGAGGAGACAGACGAGUACAAUCGAGGCUGAAGAGAAAGAGAUCAUUCAAGUUGAAGGCCAGAGCAGAUAUAAAUACAAAGUGAAGACAAAACCCAGAGGGACACCUGUCGUCAAAUUAACAGCAAUGGAGAAGCAGCAGGAAAGGAAGAGAAACCUGGUCUAAGGAGAAACAACAAAUGAGCUGUGCUUGACUCAAGUAAGAGGAGAAGGUUUCUUCAUCAUGAUUUGUUCAGGUGGUUUCCCUAAAUCCAACGACCUGCACGGGAGGAGCAACUUUGUCCCAGGAUAGAAUGAGAAGAGGAGCCUAGUCUACCAUAACCUUCCUGUUCCUCUCCCUCCUCUUCACCUUGGACUUUCACAUUAGGUUCACCAACUUCCUCCUUCUCCCCCUCUCCAUCCCCUCACUAUGUGGAUACCAGCUGUGUUCCUAUGUAUGCUUAACUUCAGCUAUUUGUGCUCAGGACAUGACUACACAAACUACUACCAAACUGGAGACAUGGGCACAGAGGCUCCAGCACAGUCCGAUGACCAGUCAGGUUUAGAGACGAUAACAAGCCUGGACCAGCUCCUGCAGCUCUUCUACCCUGAAUACAGCUUGAUCCAGCAGUGUAUGAGGAGAAAAACAUGGCACACCUCAUCUUCCUCCUCUUCUUUUCCAUCCUCAUCUAUUUCAACCUCUUCGGCAAGCCCUUCAGUCCGCUCUAACGAUGAUGGUAUGUGGGUUCAGAUGCGGGAGGAGGCUCUUUACAGAGUGGAUGGAACUUUAGCAGUCAUUCUGGAAGAGAUCCAGCGGACAUCAUGCCAGCCAAGGGAGGUGUGUGUAGAGGUGGCCAAAGAGUACCCAGAAUCCACCAGUCAGUUAUACCUCCCUCGCUGUGUGGUGCUGCAUCGAUGCGGUGGAUGCUGUGGGAAUGAGGCGUUUUACUGCACCAAUACGAGCUACAGUCUCGUCAAUAAGACACUGAUGGAGCUGUCUCCACCCAGGAUGGAUCGCACAGUUGCCAUGGUCACAUUUGUCAACCACACCUCAUGCGAAUGCUUCUCCAAGCGGCCGCUCCACUCCAUCAUAAGACGAGCGGCGACAGAUCAUCUGUGUUCCCCUCCUGAGCUUCCCUGUGCCUCAGGAUCAUUAUGGGAUCCAGUGAACUGUGUGUGCGUCUCUGUGGACACGAUCAGCUACUCUCAGAAACAAACAGAGGCGCUGGACUUGGGUCUGCUGGCUCUCUGCGGGCCCAACAGGGUUCUGGAAGAAUCCACCUGUGAGUGUCUCUGUCAAAACGGACUCACGGAAGCCAGCUGUGAUCCAGGCUGGAAACUGGAUCAAAACACCUGUGAGUGCCAGUGCGAAGGCCAAGGCGAGGGGAAGUUGUGUCCUGCUGGACAGCGGUGGGACAACGAGCUGUGUGGUUGUGUGUGCGCAGUGGAGUGUCCCAGGAAUCAGCCCCUAAACCCCGACACGUGUCUGUGUCAGUGCAGAGAGAGUCCACAGACGUGUCUACGGCAGGGCAAGAGGUUCAACCCCAACACCUGCAGUUGUUACAGGCUUCCAUGCAGAAACCCCAGACGAGAAUGCCAGGAUGGAUUUUACUACAGCAGCCAGGUCUGUCAGUGCAUCCCCAAGUACAUGAAGUGGAAUUACCAAACCAGAAAGUGAGGAAGAGGAGUGGAUACUGAGGUUUAUUGACCUUAGAUCUGAAACUUCUGCACAUGAGUGACAGUGCAGGAGGACUGGAAGUGGAUCUACAAAUAGAGACAUGCCAUCAGCAUUACGAGCAGCUUUUGUAUCACCUUUCCAAGGAAGCAUCUCAAAUGGCGUUCAGAGACUUUCUCAUAAUAACAAAAGGCAAGCAGCCAGAUGUAUCUGGUAAAACUCUUUAGAAACAGGAAAUAUGGACAGGAUCUUGGAGACUGUCCCUUAUGCAAUCCUGUCUGGAAAACCCCUUGAGACUGUCUUUAAUGCACAGCAACAAGGUGGGAUGGACCAAGCCGACUUAGGGCAGGCAUUCAUCCCGCUAUAACGUGUUGCAGCAAGAAGAAUGCCAACCACCAACCUGCUGAGGAGCUGCAGCUCAUGCCUGUUUGAACAGAAUGUGAAUAUGAUAAUAACAGACCCGGCUCCAUGCCUUUUCCAAAAUAAAUGUGGAAAAAAAAUCUUGAGGCCAUAUCUCAUAUUGGCCUAAAGGAAAAUGAUGUGCAGUGGAUCUCCAAACCGUACACAAACCCUGUUAUAAUGCCAGGUUUUUCUGAUGUAAAAAAAAAUAAAAUAAAAAAAUCAGACGACUGUGAAUAGUUUUCAAGAUGAGGUAUGCAGAUAGACUCAAACCAGAGAAGACUGAAUGCUGAAACUGAAUGUGUGCACUCAUGAAACCAGGCUGUCGCUUCUUUUUUAACACUUUUCCCUCUGACAUUGACUGGUUUUCAGUUGAAUUGUACAAGAUAUGCCACAGCAAAGUUAGAAACAGUUCUGAAAUGAUUUAUCAUUUUCUUUUUUACAUCGCAAAUAACCAUCAUUUUAACAGAGGUCUGUCCACUUUGAGGAUUUUAUUUUGAAUCUGCCAUUCGAUUUCUUACAUUCCCUCAUAUAGAUGUGAUUAACCUUUUUGGGACAUCUCCAUCAGCAUUUCUUUGUCCAAUCGCAACCCAAUACUGGUUCUAAUUUAUCUGUUCCCGCUCCGAGUAAUUUUAUUUUUAUAUAUUUAAAGUUUUUCUAUUUAAACAAAAAGGUGAAAUAGAUAGAAUUGUGAGGAGCUGUAAAUAACUAUUUAAAUCACUUUAAUAACUAGAGAACUAUGUUUUAAAGUGAAGCAGAUCACAUUCUUUUACAAUAAGUUUUUAGAUUUUGUGGGAAAAUCUGAAUCAUGACGUUCUCUGCACUGCUGCCUUUUCUUUUGACUCACCAAAACAGCGUUAGUUAUUUAAAUUCUGUUAUAACGCUUAAUGCUGAGGGGAAGAGCGACUGCAGUGUAGACAAGAUUGUAGUCAGUAGCGGUUCUUGGAUAAAAGGCAUUAUGGGUAAACUCCUCCUGUCAUUCCCCCAAACAAUGACAUUGCAGGAAAUAAUCUGAGAUUCUGGGCAGGAUAAAACGCAGUGGAGUAACCAGUGGAGUCCUUUGUGGCGUAAAAUCAUUAGAAAACUUGAUAUGGCCGCAGAAAUUCUACAUUUUUGGUCUGGUUCUUUUUGUGCCCCUUUUUGUUAUGCCGCCCUGGGAAACUGCACAUAUCCAAACGCACCACUGGUUGUAAUUCAUGUGCAAUGGGAUGUAGAAUCACUACUUCAUUGAGUAUUGAUUAAAGGCUCUGUCUGACUGA